AUGAACAAGACUUACUUUGAAACCAUGGCCCAAGACCAGCCUACCGAAGACUCGAGCAUUCGAUCCCCUCUGCCCCAAUACCAAGCCAUGCACACUCCUGCCUCUUCGACUGCUUGUGCGAACGCCAGCUUUUGCAACGCUAGCCAUUGCCAUAUCGCUCAGUCAUGCCAUCAUGGGCAAGCUGAUGGGUCAACGGCUCAGUCCAACGUUGUGCCUGUUGCCCUCUUGAGAAGAUGGCCGGCCUUAAUCGAGUGCCCUGGGUGCAGAGCGGUUUUGCCCACCAACACUGACCACGUGGUCGGGAAGGGAUCCCACUGGAUGGCCGCCAUGUUCUUCUGCACCACCGUCAUCGGCGUGUUCAUUCCCUACGCUAUAACAUCGUUCAAGGAUAUUCGACAUUCCUGCGCGCGCUGCGGACGUAAGGUUGCCACUCAACGAUUCGGUAGUGGCACCAAAGCCCAUUUGAUGUAA